AUGUUGCCGAGCCAGGCCGGGGCCGGGAACGGCGCCGCCGCCGCGCUGGCCCGCGGCUCUGGGCUGGGCCGGUCGCCGGUGCCGCGUGGGGCGAACGGCGGCGGGGCGGCGGCGGGGGCGCCCGGGGGCUGCCUGAAGCGGGAGGCGCUGUACAGCGGCAGCGAGGGCGACUCGGAGUCGGCCGAGGAGGAGGAGCUGGGCGGCGAGCGGCGCGGCGUGAAGCGUGGCCUGGCCGAAGCGGCGGCGGCGGCAGCGGCGGCGGGGCCCGCGGCGGGAGCGGCGGCGGCGGCCGCCUACAGCGGCGGCGGGGGCGGCGGGGCCGUGAGCGGCGCCAAGCCCGGGAAGAAGACGCGGGGCCGGGUGAAGAUCAAGAUGGAGUUCAUCGACAACAAGCUGCGGCGCUACACCACCUUCAGCAAGAGGAAGACCGGCAUCAUGAAGAAGGCCUAUGAGCUCUCCACGCUGACUGGCACUCAAGUCCUGCUGCUGGUGGCCAGCGAGACGGGCCAUGUGUACACGUUUGCCACACGGAAGCUGCAGCCCAUGAUCACCAGCGAGACGGGGAAGGCGCUGAUCCAGACGUGCCUCAACUCCCCGGACUCGCCGCCGCGCUCGGACCCCACCACUGACCAGCGCAUGAGUGCCACUGGCUUUGAGGAGACGGACCUCACCUACCAGGUGUCCGAGUCUGACAGCAGCGGGGAGACCAAGGACGCCCUGAAACCCGCGUUCACUGUCACCAACCUGCCGGGAACAACGUCCAUCCAGACAGCCCCGACCACCUCGACCUCCAUGCAGGUCAGCAGUGGCCCGUCAUUCCCCAUCACCAAUUACCUGGCGCCAGUGUCUGCCAGCAUCAGCCCCAAUGCCGUCACCAGUGCCAACGGGACAGUGCUGAAGACUACUGGAGCCAGUGCAGUGACGUCUGGGGGCCUCAUGCCGAUACCCACUGGCUUCACCCUCAUGUCAGGUGGUACCAUGGCGCAGCAGGUUCCAGUCCAGGCAAUCCAGGUGCACCAGGCCCCGCAGCAAACGUCUCCCUCUAGUGACAGCAGCACUGACCUUACCCAAACCUCUUCCAGCGGAACAGUGACCCUCCCAGCGACCAUCAUGACGUCGUCGGUGCCAACCACGGUGGGCGGCCACAUGAUGUACCCCAGCCCGCACGCGGUGAUGUACGCGCCCACCUCGGGCCUGGCCGACGGCGGGCUCGCCGUGCUCAACGCUUUCCCGCAGGCGCCCUCCGCCAUGCAGGUGUCCCACGGACAGGUCCAGGAUCAGGGUGGCGUCCCCCAAGUGUUCCUGACAGCCCCAUCAGGCACGGUUCAGAUCCCAGUCUCAGCUGUCCAGCUUCACCAGAUGGCUGUCAUCGGGCAGCAGAGCAGCAGUGGCAGUAGCCUGACGGAGCUGCAGGUGGUCAACUUGGACACCUCACACAGCGUCAAGAGUGACUGAGAGGCCUCUGCUGCCGGCCUUCUGUUUUCUGGCUUGUCAUGCCAGUGUCGGGGCUGGCAGCAACUCCUUCUCGUACAGACUGCACCAGUUAUUUAUUGUUGCCUUUUCACGUUUCCUUCAUCCACACAUGCACACACACACGCGCACUCACCCACCCCCACACACACAGGCAUGCGCGUGGGGCUGCAGGAGCCACCCCGGGUGGAGCCGUGCUGGGGCCGCGCAGGGCUUGGGGCAUUUGGAUGCUGCAAUAGCUGUGCUUGUCUCACGCCAGCCAAAGAAAUUUGUCUUUUGAGGGAGGAUCGCUCUGCACUGUAAAUAAAUACUGCAGGCCAUUCCCAGCUGGAGGCUCUGGCUCCUUCUGGGUGCUCUGAGUCACCUUGCCCAUGAGUAUUUACUCUGCGUGGGGCUCAGCUUUAGACCCGGAGCCGUGGUGCAGGUGCAGCUUGGAGCAGGGUGGGUUGUGGCUGUGCUGCUGGCCUCAGCAAUGUGCCUUUGUGGGGGUGACAGGUCCUGGCCACAGCAACUCACCCUGGGCUCCGGACAGGAGACAAGGGCCAGCUUGCAUGUGCAUCUCUGGGCCUGCAUGCCCUCUCCCCAGAGGGCAGGACGCAGCUGGUGGCACGUGGCCCUGUCCUCCUCGUAUGCACUACAGUGAGCCCUCUGCCCUCAGUGCCUCCUCGCUGGGCUGCCUGGCACAUUUACAGCCUGACUGGCCCUGCCCCGGCGGCUGCCCUUGCACAGGUGAGGUGGUGAGAGAGAUGCCCAGGAACACAAAGAUGCCCUGGAGAGCUCCUCAGGGGCCCUGUGCUCUGCUCAGCCCCGCACUCUCAGCCCUUGCACUGCUUCUGGACUCCAUACACCCAGGGGAACGUGGCUGGGUCUGUCCUACAUCCCCCUGCAGCUCCAGCCAGCGCUUUCUAAAUUUCUGUAUCUGAUGCAAGGUGGAAAAACAACUCAAAUGUCAAAGGGAAGAGCCCGUGGGGCACUGAGCUGCUGGGCAGGUGGCAGGCUCUUCCUCUGAGCACCAGGGUGACCUGCAGGCCAUCCUGGGCUGUGGGGGAGCAGCUGUGAUGCCUGUAUAGAGGCUCAGCAAGGCUGGGGGAGAAGGGCUGGGGCAUGCUUGGUCCUGCAUGGGAAUUGCUGUGAAUGGCUCUGCUACCUAGCCCUGUCCCUGGAGGGAGAGUGAGCAAGUGAGAGAAGCUGCUGAACCCUUAGGGGAAGAAGCAGCUACUGUAACUUUUUUUUUUUUUUUUUUUUUAAGUUAAAAGACAAAAGAAGCCUUGGAGAGAAAAAAAAAAAAAAAAGAAAAAAAGAAAAUUACUUUAUUUUUCUAAGUGUUAAACUCAGUAUUUAUGUAAUUCUUUAAGGAAUAAAAGUUUGGCUCCUGUA